CCUUACUUUCACCCAUGGAUCCACUCCUUCCACUGAAGAAAAGAAAUGGGCAAUGUUGCAGGAAUUGUAAGCCCCCAACGAGGUUCCCCAGCCGUGCCGUAUAGUUCUCAUACCAGGGUCUGAAUUUAUGAACCGGUGGGGGCGCUCCAGUCGAAUACUCAUUUGCCAUGCCCGGAGGCGGCACCGCAAAGCCCACAAGUUUUAGGACAAUUCCCGCUCCCAGACUUCCCACCGCAAAGCCCACAAGUGGCAGGACAAUUCCCGCUUCCAGAAUUCCCGCCGCAAAGCCCACAAGUAGCAGGACAGCCGGUUUCCAUGUUAAUUUGCGAGAGAGAACCGGUUAAGAUUAUCUGAACUUUGCUGCUUCCAAAAAUCUAUUUCUCUACAACUCAGGGGAUGCUGAUGUGACACGAAGAUUGCUAUCGAGUUUAAAAUUUGCUCAUGAAUGAAUUU